CCCACCUGUCAGGAGGUGAACAGUGCGAACCACCUGCCUUAUGAUUUGCUCCAACCUCUUCCUGUCCCUGAGGGUCGUUGGCAGUCCAUCUCGAUGGACUUUAUCGGUCCUCUUCGUCCUCCGACCCCACGCGGUCAUGAUGCUAUCUUGGUCGUCGUCGACCGCUUCACGAAGCGUGCACGCUUUGUUCCGUGCCGCUAUGCCAUCAGUGCACGUGGGGUGGCCGACAUCGUGUUUGACCGAGUCGUGCGUGACCACGACUUACCUCUGAGCAUCAUAUCUGACCGUGACCCGCGCUUUACCAACCGAUUCUGGCGACGGCUCCACGAGGUAUAUGGCACUCAGUUCCGCUUCUCCUCGUCUUACCAUCCACAGACUGAUGGUCAGACCGAGAUCACGAACAGGACUCUCGGAGAUAUCCUCCGAAAGAUUGUUCGUGACAACCAGCAGUGGGAUCUCCAUCUUGCCCACGCGGAGAUAGCCUACAACCACGCCGUCUCGCCAGCCACAGGGAUGUCGCCUUACUAUUGCGACCUCGGCUAUCACCCUCGUGAAGCAGAGAUUGAAAAGCUGCAAGCAACCUUUGAGGAGCUCCAGAAGGAGAAAGUCAUGACAAGCAGUAUUCUGGAGAAAAACAUGCAAUUCCAAAAGUAUUUGGAGACUGUUCUGGAAUUCGCAGACGAGUACCACGAAAUCAACGACUUGCUAAUGAGGUAUGCAACUCUUGAGGCAACAAAUGGGGAUCUGAAGCAACAUGCUCAACUUUGUGCCGAGAAGAAUGAGGUUACACGUGCCGACCUGCAGACGUACUCAAAGAUGAAGACGAAUGAGAUUUUGAAUCUGAAUAACGAGGUUAGUCAGCUGAAGAAGGAUUUCGAACAAUAUGAGCGGGAUGCAUUGGCUCUUCAGACAAAGCUCGACUACACUCUGCAGAAUGCUGGGUACAAGACUCUGCAGCAUGGACAGGUAUGCAUGGCAGUCGAUAACAUAUUUGCUCGAUGUAGCCAAAGGUCCCGUGUGAGCAGGCCUCCAUACAGCGCCCCCCUGGAGCAGUUGACAGUCAUUGGUGACUUUGUGACAGACAUAAUGUACAUAAUCAAGCAAUUCAAGGGCACAAUACAGAAAAAGGAUGCAGCCUUGGGGACAAAAGAUGUGAAGGAAGAACCCAACAGAGCGGUGCAGCAGCGGGGAAAAGCACAUCGAGAAAGGGUCGUCGAGUCCACAGUUUCUCCCUCGCUCCCAAGUUUGGCCGGGGGAAGUCGUAACCCUGUGUCGCCUCAUAGUGGAAGCGCUUUGAAAUAAGCAUCAAGAUUCAAGACUGAAAAAAGUAUACUGUUGUUUCUUUCUUGCCCUUGGAUUCUCAGUUCUCCCUAAAGACAUUCUAUAGGAUGCUAUGGAGUAUCCUUUUGUUCGAUAAUAAUAUCAUAUUAUAUAAAACGCCAUGGUGACCACUGAACACACACUUUCUCUUUCUUUUUUUCUAUAAUAAAGUGCAACAGCCUUG